AUGAGUUCUGACUAUAAAAAGCAAUAUGCGGACUUUAUUGAGGCAUUUGAAAAGCUCUUCCGCCUAGAAUCCAACGAAUCUGUUGAAGAAAUGUGCAAUAUCAUCACCAAUGUUCUAUUUUCGAAGUAUAAACUUUCCAUCAAGCAACUUACAAAGAUCAUUAUCAUGGCGAUUCAAUACAAUUAUGCUUCUGGUGAGAAUUACAUCAGAAUAUUAAAGCAUAUUGGUUCUAACAUUAAAAGAAUUUCCGAAUUAAUAAUUCCAAGAGAGGAUUCAAUUGAAUAG